CAAUGCGCAUCUGUCAUGGCUGCUUACUGACGCUUCUUUUGGCACAUGGAUAGCUAGAAACGGUGUUUGUCAGAUUCCGGCGCUGUGACUUGCCUCAGUAACCGGGGUGUUUGAGCUUGGUCAGGUCUGGGACCGUCCUGGCUGCAGGCAGGAGAUCCAGCCGACGUUCAGCAGAAACUAACAGGGUGUUCGGUCAUGUUGUUCAGCUUAGAGAUCCCCGUACUUAGAGGCUUUCUGACAAGCAGCGAGGCUACAGAAUGGACACAAAACACCGUUGCUGAUUCAGAAACGUGCUCUCUGCUGCAGUCCUUGUUGGAUGGGGACUUUGAGGCACUUCUGGUGAGUCCUCAAGUGAUUGACGUGCUUACUGGAGAUGGCAGCUGCAAAGAAGGGGAGGACAUUGAGGCGUACCUAGAGAGAAGACUGCUGCUGUAUCUGACUGGUGACAACAAUGAUCAGCGUAAGAGGGAGCUCACAGUGAUGGCCAUCGCUGUCUCCUGCCUCCAUCUCUUUGCUCAGAGUAACUGGACCGGUCCACCGGUCUCUUUCAACAUGUGUGACUUGCUGCCUUUGGCACUGCUGUCCUCUCAGAAUUCCCAGUUGUUGAUGGAGGCAAUCCACUCGAGCCUGCUUCUCGAUGGCGAGUCAGUAUACAGCCUGGUGGUCCAUCCCUUCCUCCUCCUGCUAGCUAAGGUCAUUCUCACCAAGUGCUCUCCCAAAAUGGAAAACCUUCAGCUCUUGCCCUGGUGGACUCUUCGUUACAUCAACCUACACCAGCAAAUCCUGGAGGCUCGUUCUCCGCAGCUCCUCAGCCUGGCCCACUGCAGCAUGGACAAAGUGCUGCAAUGCCAGUCAGUGUUGUCCGACCAGAGGAGUCUCGCUGUCCAGUUCCACCUGGAGUGUGCCGACAUUAGUCUGACCUACUAUGAGUACCGGGCCGCCAAAGAGCACAUUGAGAGGGCCAAGGAGCUUUCUGGGCUCCACAUCAACAUGACAGGUGCUCUCGGGAAACGGACUCGCUUCCAGGAAAGGUUUUUGGCUCAGCUCAUCCUUGAGGUGAAAAGGCAAGAUGAUGAGGCCGAUCAGAGGGUCAGUGAGACCAGUCCCACUCCCACACCAGAGGCCAGUCUACCCAAAGAUUACCAUCUGGACGAUGACACGGUGUUGGAUCAGGUCAAUUUAGCUGAGCCAGAUCAGUACACGUUGCCUGACCUGAGUGCUGAAGAACAGGCCCUCCUGCUGGGUGUCUGCACCGACUUUCAGAAGAACAACCCUGUGCACAAACUAACAGAAGAAGAACUGCUGGCCUUCACUUCUUGUAUUCUGUCUCAGCCGAAGUUCUGGUCUGUGGAGGUGGCAGCACUUUGCUUGAGGACCAAACUGGAAAAGGGAAGAUCUCGGUGUGUUGAGAGAGCCAUGAUGCAAACACAGGCGAUAGUUGAUCAUUUCGAAGACAAGAGCUGUCCUGUGACCGAGCGCCUCAAAGUCUUCUACUGCUGCCAAGUACCGCCCAGGUGGGCUGUCCAGAAACUGCUGGCCAGCCUGCUCAUAGACCUGGGCUGCAUCAGUUCAGCUCUGCUCCUCUAUGAAAAGCUGGAGCUCUGGGAGGAUGCAAUUAUCUGUUACGAAAAGCUCGGCCAACAUGGAAAGGCUGAGGAGAUUGUACGCAGAGAGCUGGAGAAGAAGGAGACUCCGAGUCUGUACUGUUUAUUAGGAGACAUCCUGAAUGACCAUCAGUACUAUGACCGGGCGUGGGAGCUGUCAGGUCGAAGGAGUGCCAGAGCCAUGCGCUCCAAAGCUCUGCUGCACCUCCGAAACAAGGAAUUCCAGCAGUGUGUGGACUGCUUUGAGCAGUCGCUAAAGAUCAAUAUCAUGCAGCUUGGCGUUUGGUUUUCUCUGGGAUGUGCCUACUUCACUCUGGAAGGCUAUGAGGGAGCUGCUAGAGCUUUCCAGAGGUGUGUGGGACUCGAGCCAGAUAAUGCAGAAGCUUGGAACAACCUUUCUACAGCUUACAUUCGCCUGAAGAUGAAAACCAAAGCGUUCCGAACCCUGCAGGAGGCCCUGAAGUGUAACUACGAACACUGGCAGAUCUGGGAGAACUUCAUUGUUGUCAGUACUGACAUCGGAGAUUUUGCAGAAGCUAUCAAAGCAUACCACCGUCUCAUGGAUCUCAGGGAAAACUACAAAGAUGUUCAGAUUCUACAGAUUCUGGUCAGAGCAGCUGUUGAGAAUCUGACUGACAGCCAGGGGGCACAGGCAGGAUCCUUGAUGCCCAAACUGAAGGAGCUUCUUGGCCGUGUCAGUGCGCGCCACAGCAGCGAUGCUAAAAUAUGGCAGCAGUACGCCCUGCUGUACGGUGGAGGUCGCAGCUCAAACCCAGAUGACAACGAGAAGGCACUGCAGUUCCUAUCCAAAGCUCAUCGCUGUGAGAUUCAAACAGGAGGCUGGGAGAAGGACCCUGUUCUUUUCAAAGAGGUGAUUGGAAGAGCCAUCAACAUGGGAGAAGGGAGCAUCAGCUGCAGUCAGAAGAAAAGUAAUCCAACAGAAGUUCUCCAGAUGCUCUCCUCCACUCGCCUCAGCCUCAGGAGUCUGGCUACCAAAGCCAAGCAAAUCCACACCGAUGUUGCAACGGGGGAAGUCCAUCCUGAUCUACAAGGUAGCGUUGCUGCUCUGGAACAGCUGAUUACAGAGCUGCAAGAGCUGAGUGGGAGAUUACAGAACAAAUCACAGUAACUGUUCUCAGAUGUGACAUUUUCUUUACAUAUAUGAACUUCUCAGUUGUGAUCAGUGUCUGAUGGAAACUAUGCUUCAUGUCAUCUGCAUGCUUAUCGUGAAGUUUUUAUACCUUUGUCCACAAUAUAAUAAUGUAAAUGGUUGUUGUAAAGCAUGAAAAGGUAAACUUAAUAAUAAAAGUUGGGAAAGCCA